GAGGCGGCGGCGCAGGCGGAGCGGCGGCCGCAGCCGGAGCCCGAGCGCCGCGCGCCCACCAUGGCCGCUCAGGGCGAGCCCGGCUACCUGGCGGCGCAGUCGGACCCGGGCUCCAACAGCGAGCGCAGCACCGACUCUCCCAUGCCCGGCUCGGAGGACGACCUGGUCGCCGGGGCGCCCCUGCACAGCCCCGAGUGGAGCGAGGAGCGCUUCCGCGUGGACAGGAAGAAACUUGAGGCCAUGUUACAAGCUGCUGCUGAAGGAAAAGGCAAAAGUGGGGAAGACUUUUUCCAGAAGAUCAUGGAGGAAACAAAUACGCAGAUUGCUUGGCCGUCAAAACUGAAGAUUGGUGCCAAAUCCAAGAAAGAUCCCCAUAUUAAGGUUUCUGGAAAGAAAGAAGAUGUUAAGGAAGCCAAGGAAAUGAUCAUGUCUGUCUUAGACACAAAAAGCAAUCGGGUCACCUUGAAGAUGGAUGUUUCACAUACAGAACAUUCUCAUGUAAUCGGCAAAGGUGGCAACAAUAUUAAAAAGGUGAUGGAAGAAACGGGAUGCCACAUCCACUUUCCAGAUUCCAACAGGAAUAAUCAAGCAGAAAAAAGCAACCAGGUAUCUAUAGCAGGACAACCGGCAGGAGUAGAGUCUGCCCGAGUUAGAAUUCGGGAGCUGCUUCCUUUGGUGCUGAUGUUUGAGCUUCCAAUUGCUGGAAUUCUUCAACCUGUGCCUGAUCCUAAUUCCCCCUCUAUUCAGCACAUAUCACAAACGUACAACAUUUCAGUGUCAUUUAAACAGCGGUCCCGAAUGUAUGGUGCUACUGUGAUAGUACGAGGCUCUCAGAAUAACACAAGUGCUGUGAAGGAAGGAACAGCCAUGCUGUUGGAACAUCUUGCCGGGAGCUUGGCGUCGGCUAUCCCCGUGAGCACGCAACUAGACAUCGCAGCUCAGCACCAUCUCUUUAUGAUGGGUCGAAAUGGAAGCAACAUCAAACAUAUCAUGCAGAGAACGGGUGCUCAGAUCCACUUUCCCGAUCCCAGUAAUCCACAAAAGAAAUCCACCGUCUACCUCCAGGGCACCAUUGAGUCUGUCUGUCUUGCAAGGCAAUAUCUCAUGGGUUGUCUUCCUCUUGUGCUGAUGUUUGACAUGAAGGAAGAAAUUGAAGUCGAUCCACAGUUCAUCGCUCAGUUGAUGGAACAGCUUGAUGUCUUCAUCAGUAUUAAGCCAAAGCCGAAACAGCCGAGCAAGUCUGUGAUUGUGAAAAGUGUUGAACGAAAUGCCUUAAAUAUGUAUGAAGCAAGGAAAUGUCUCCUCGGACUUGAAAGCAGUGGGGUUACCAUAGCAACCAGUCCGUCCCCAGCAUCGUGCCCUGCCGGCCUGGCAUGUCCCAGCCUGGAUAUCUUAGCUUCUGCAGGCCUUGGACUCACUGGACUAGGUCUUUUGGGACCCACCACCUUAUCUCUCAACACUUCGACAACCCCAAACUCACUUUUGAAUGCUCUUAAUAGCUCGGUCAGUCCUUUGCAAAGUCCAGGUUCUGGUACCCCCAGCCCCACAUUGUGGGCACCUCCACUUGCUAAUACUUCAAGUGCCACAGGUUUUUCUGCUAUACCACACCUUAUGAUUCCAUCUACUGCCCAAGCCACAUUAACCAAUAUUUUGCUGUCUGGAGUGCCCACCUAUGGGCACACAGCUCCAUCUCCCCCUCCUGGCCUGACUCCUGUUGAUGUCCAUAUCAACAGUAUGCAGACAGAAAGCAAGAAAAUCUCUGCUUCGUUAAAUGGACACACACAGUCUCCGAAUAUAAAAUAUGGUGCAAUAUCCACUUCAUCACUUGGAGAAAAAGUGCUGAGUGCGAAUCACGGUGAUCUGUCUAGACAAACAACUGGAUCUGAGCAGGCAUCUCCCAAAUCAAAUCCUGCAGAAGGUUGUAACGAUGCUUUUGUUGAAGUAGGCAUGCCCCGAAGUCCUUCCCAUUCCGGAAAUGCUGGUGACUUGAAACAGAUGAUGGGACCCUCCAAAGUUUCCUGUGCCAAGAGGCAGACAGUAGAACUAUUGCAAGGCACAAAAAAUUCACACUUACACAGCACUGACAGGUUGCUCUCAGAUCCUGAACUGAGUGCUGCAGAAAGCCCUUUGGCGGACAAGAAGGCUCCGGGGAGCGAGCGCGCUGCAGAGAGGGCUGCAGCUGCCCAGCAAAACAAUGAAAGGGCCCGCCUUGCCCCACGGCCAUCAUAUGUCAACAUGCAGGCUUUUGACUAUGAACAAAAGAAACUAUUAGCAACCAAAGCUAUGUUAAAGAAACCAGUGGUGACGGAGGUCAGAACACCCACAAAUACCUGGAGUGGCCUUGGGUUUUCUAAAUCUAUGCCAGCUGAAACUAUCAAGGAACUGAGACGGGCCAACCACGUGUCCUAUAAGCCCACAAUGACAACCACUUUUGAGGGUUCAUCAAUGUCCCUCUCGAGGUCCAACAGUCGUGAGCACCUGGGAAGUGGGAGCGAAUCUGAUAACUGGAGAGACCGAAAUGGAAUAGGACCCACAAGUCAUAGUGAAUUUGCAGCUUCUGUUGGCAGCCCCAAGCGUAAACAGAACAAAUCAACGGAACACUAUCUCAGCAGUAGCAAUUACAUGGACUGCAUUUCCUCGCUGACAGGAAGCAAUGGCUGUAACCUGAACAGCUCUUUCAAAGGCUCUGACCUCCCUGAGCUCUUCAGUAAACUGGGCCUGGGCAAAUACACAGAUGUCUUCCAGCAACAAGAGAUCGAUCUUCAGACAUUCCUCACUCUCACAGAUCAGGAUCUGAAGGAGCUGGGAAUUACGACUUUUGGUGCCAGGAGGAAAAUGCUGCUUGCAAUCUCAGAACUAAAUAAAAACCGAAGAAAGCUCUUUGAACCGCCAAAUACACGCACCUCUUUCCUGGAAGGCGGAGCAAGUGGGAGGCUACCCCGUCAGUAUCACUCAGACAUUGCUAGUGUCAGUGGCCGCUGGUAGCGGUACCCUCCAGGCACACACCCGCCAACUCUGUCAAGUCGGACGCAGGAGAUCUGUGAACAGCCUUCACUGCACACCGUCCUCAGCACUCUGGGUGUCUGGUAUCAGGACCAAAGCAUCUUAUUCGCACCUGAACUCUGUGCUAAAAAGGAAGAAAAGAGAGAAGAUGUUCUUAAGUCAUCAUACAGAAUGCCACAUGAGGAUUACUUUUUUUUUUUUUUUCCUAACGGCAGUUGGACAGAAUUUGCAAUAUGAGGGUAGGGCUUUAUUUCCUGUUUUUAUUUACCUAUAUAAUAACAUAUGCACUGAUUUUUUUACUUAACAUGAAGGAUGAGUUGACAUCUGGGAUGCCAGAAAACAUAAAAGUUAUUUUUUUUUGCUUAUUUUGUUUUGGUAUUUGGGGGAUUUUUAAAAAAAACAAUCAAAGUGGAAUUUUCUGGUACUGCUUUAAAAUAAUUAUUGAGGUCUUUCAGCACUUUACACUUUCUUAUUUCUUGUCCUGUGGAAAUUAGCUCUGUUUCUCUCAUUUUUAUGUCACCUGAUGUAUUGGUACAAAUCAGAUUUAGUCACAUUUUUCUGACUGCGUUAAAUUUUUAUUUGAAAUAGUACUGGAUUAUUAGUUUUUGUGCAGAAUAUUCUGUGAC